AUGUGGAGACGAUUUAGAUCGAAACAAGCUGCCCAGACUCCCCGACAGGAUCACCUGGAUGAGCGGGUCAACUCGACAUCUGAGAGUAAGAAUCAUGCCUCAUCGAUAUUGACCUCCUGGGAGUCAUCACUCCAUAUUCGUCGAUGGAGCCCGGUUGUAGGCGAGCUGUGCAAGGACGACGGCCCAUCGAUCACACCUAGGCGGACAUCGCAACUUAGUGAGACGAAGAACCAAAUACUUUCAUUGACCUCUCCAGAACAUCAACGGCGCCGCCCGCAAGAUCGUCGAGAUGAUCCAAUAGGCCUCACAGUUCUCCACGCCCCAGAGUCAAAACACCGGACCGUGGACAUCCUGUUCAUACACGGACUCGGAGGCACAAGUCUACGAACAUGGUGCAAGAAUCGGGACUUAGAGUUUCUCUGGCCUAAAAACUGGCUGCCAGAGGAAUCAGAUCUGUCCACGGCACGCAUUUUGACAUUUGGUUACAACGCAAACUUUGCCGCAAAGAAGGAGCAGGCAUCCUUGUCGAUUAACGACUUCGCCAAUGACCUACUGUUUCACAUGAAAUACGACAACGAUGGCGACGACAAAAUGGGGGAAGUGCCAAUUAUCAUUGUCGCACACUCGAUGGGGGGUCUUGUGUUUAAAAAGGCCUUCGUCCAUGGGCAUCUUGACGAGCAGUACCACAAGAUUACAUCUAGCAUCAAAGCUGUUCUCUUCAUGGCUACUCCGCACCGGGGGACUGAUCUCGCAGAGUCCCUAAACCGGAUCCUCACCAGUUCCAUUUUUGGCCAUUCCCCGAAGGAUUAUGUCAGAGAACUCACGAAAGGCAGCACUACUCUCGACGAGCUGAAUGAUACAUUUCGCCAUCAUGCGGCAAAGUUGCAAAUAUUUUCGUUCUACGAGACCCUCAGUACAGCGGUCGGACCGAUGAAUUUGAUGAUUCUAGAAAAACAUUCGUCCCUAUUGGGUUAUCAUAAUGAGACUCCAAAGCCUUUGAUGGCAAACCAUCAUGAUGUGGUGAAAUUCUCCAGUCGGAAUGACCUGAACUACAAGUCAGUGCGAGGUGCCUUACGCAGUAUCGCCAAUGAGUUCCGAUUUUCGAAAACGCCCGAGAAUAGUACGGAGAAAGACCUGGAGAUGAUCCAAAAGUGGCUGGGGGUGACGGGGCCGCCAGAAGAGGACUUGGCUUUGCAUCGAUCGGUGCGGAAGACAGGAACAUGUGAACACCUACUGCACAAGCCCAAAUUUGAAGGUUGGCUGGACUCAGGUAUUCCCAAUAUCCUCUGGUCACAUGCUCCCCCGGGGAGUGGAAAAUCGAUCCAGUGUUCCUUUGUAAUCGAAUCCCUUCAACUGCGCCAAGAACGCUGUGCGUACUGGUUUUUCAAAGAUGACGAUGUUCAAAAGCGUUCCCUAAGCAAUAUGCUUCUCUCAGUGGCCUACCAGAUCGCGGUUGAAGAUAAGUCAUUUCGACGAGUUCUUAUGGACGUUGUCAAGUCCGGCAUGCGUGUCGACAAAGCGGAUGCGUGGACAAUUUGGCGAAACAUCUUCGCUUCUAGACUUUCAGCCAUCAGCACGGUGCUGUAUUGGGUCAUAGAUGGGUUGGAUGAGUCGGAAUCGAGCAGAACAUUUAUCGAUCUCAUCUCAAAUAUCAGCACGUCCCAGAGCAAUAUUCGAGUCCUUUUCUUCAGUCGUCCACAGUCAGCCAUCAACCGAUCCAUCCAGAUAGCAAGAAGGCGAGUCAAUAUCGCAGACGUUGCCUUGACAGACAACUUGAAAGACAUCCGUCUCGUGGCUGCAGAUGAGAUGGAAUACUUCCUCCCGAGCGAUGAGUUCCAGAAUUUCAAGCACGAAAUUAUUGAGGAAAUUACCUGCCGCUCGCAAGGCAACUUUCUGUGGGCAAGUCUUAUCCUCAAACUGGUCGUCAAGUGUCAUCGUCAAGAUGAGGCCAAACAGGUCCUACGUGUCACGCCGGAUGGCAUGGAUAAGCUCUAUUAUGGAAUGGCUGAGGCCAUUGCAAAAGUAGACGGUGUAAAAAAUACAACUCUUUGCAAGAUACUACUCUCUUGGGCCAUAUACUCGAUCCGACCGAUUGGGAUUGAAGAGCUCAUGGAGCCCUACGCCACGGAGCUCCACACAGUCAUAGAUCUAAAACACACAAUCAGCGAAAUUUGUGGUCAGUUUGUGGUCAUCAACGCCAACAAUCAGGUCGUAUUGAUCCACCAGACGGCACGACAAUACCUCAGAGCCUGCACCCGGUUUUCAUUCUCCCUCGAUGCGUACGAGGUGAACGAAGAGCUUCUCUUCCAAUGUCUAACAUUUCUUUGCGAUAAGUCAUUAAGAACUAAAAUCCGACUACGCAAGACCCCCAGGUUCGUCACAUAUGCAUCCGUUUCCUGGGCUCUUCACCUGAAUCGCUCCUCUGUCAACUCUGACAGGAUACUGAAGAUUCUUGUUAAAUUCUUCAGUGGUAACUUUCCAUUGCCUUGGGUUCAAUUCCUAGCUAUCAAUGGGCAUCUUUCGCACUUGGUGGCAGUAUCUUCCCAUCUCAUGAGCUUCGUCCGGCAACGAAGAAAGGUUGACGCGAUCAAGCCGCCAUCACCCCUUCGCUCAUCGGAACUGGUGUUGCUGGAGACAUGGGCAUUGGAUCUCUUGAAGAUGACAGCGAAAUUUGGGAGUCAUUUAAAUGAUGAUCCCGACGCGAUCUAUAAAUAUAUUCCCGCCUUCAGCCCAGAGAGCUCGGUACUUUACCAGAAGUACGCAAGCAAGCCAUUGUCUACGAUCUCCAUCUCUGGCAUAACAAAUACAGACUGGGAUGAUUGUCUUGCUCGGGUAUCAAACGGUUCUGAUUCUGCAUUGUAUAUUGCAGUUUCGGCGGAAUAUCUUGCUCUUGCGAACGGCCGACCGAAUGGUAGAAUUCGGCUGUGGAGUAAUACCAUCUUCCAAGAGCACUCUGGAUUCAAUCCUGGCGAGCCGAUAUCUUCCGUCUCUUUCAGUGACUCUGGCUCGCUCCUGGCCUGCUAUUGCCUGGAUAAUACUUAUGUGUGGAGAUUGAGUGACCGGAGUGUUGUCACCAAGAUCCAAAGCCCUUACCAGGAGCGACCAAAGUCUCUGAGGUUCGCACAAGACGAAUCGUUUCUCAUUGUUGCCACUGACUUUCGUCGUGUCUACCGACUGAAUCUUGAUAACAGCACUCCGACUUGGAUUUCCUACGGUCCUUCUCUUCUACUGGAAACUUCAGUGCCGGAGGGGGCGUUUGUCAAUACCCCAUCAUCGGUUAACUUCAACCCAGAUUGCACACAACUUGCCGUAGCCUAUCGAAACUUUCCUCUGGCCGUUUGGAAUAUUGAUCCACCGGAAGUGAUUGCCAGGUGCAGGCAAAAAGAGACACAGGGACAGACAACGAAUGCAACAUCCUGGACAGGUGUCAACUGUGUGGUCUGGCAUCCCUUCAGUGGUCAAGUUAUCGGAAUCAACCGCGACGGCAAUAUCUUCAAGUGGGGUCCGAUUGACGACAGCUACGUAGAGGUGAAAGAGGAGUCAGAUAAUACGCCAUCAGAUAUCCAGUGUUGUCCUAAUGGGCUUGUCUUCGCUACCAGUGACGUUAGAGGCUCUGUCAGAAUUUACGACUACUCACAAAUGGUUCAGAUGUAUAAGCUAACUUCAGAUUCCAUUGUCACGAACAUUACAUUUAGCCCAGACAGUCGCAGACUCUAUGAUCUGCGAGGGUCCUGGUGCAAUGUAUGGGAACCAAAUUGUUUGAUCCGGAUCAAUGAUACCAGCAUGGAUCCAUCCGAGGAGAGCGAGAGCGUGAAGAGCUACGAACAGAAGAGAAAGGACAGCUGGGGCUUAGAACUAGACGACAAGAGCGGCUCUAUGAUCUCGUUGCCAACAUCCGAAGCGUAUGCUGAUACCAAACCGCCGAUCACGGCAGUAGCAAACUGCGCGAAGAACAGGAAUAUUUUCGCACAUGCCACAGAGGACGGGACGAUUGAGAUCUGUGACAUGGAAAGCAAACGCAAGCACCUCAUUACAGAGUUUACUUUCGGCAUGGAAAUUGUCCACUUCGCUCUAGCUCAGAAUGGUAAUUACGUCGCGUACUGCUUGCUUGACGGGCAUGUCACAGUGAGGAGCAUCGACUCCUCGAAACCGGAAAGAAUUUCCACGCAAACAGUCUUCGCAGAGACGAAAUCUAUCAGCCGCGGCCAGAUCAGACAGAUUCUUUUCGAUAGCAAAUCUGAGCGACUCUUAGUCUGUGGCACCGAGAGACUUCAGGUCCUCUCUGUCACAGACAGCAGUAUAGCUGCUGAGAUGGAAAUCGACCCGGCCGAUUUGCCUGCACAAUGGGAAAAUCAUCCAACAAAUCCGAACAUCUUACUAGGCUUCACAGCCGACGGAGUUAACGCAUUAUCUUGGGAUGCCCUCGACUUCAAAUAUAGCCUCUCGUACAACCUCUCCAUCGACAGCUCCGAUAGCCAGCUGACCCCAUCUUUAAGAUUGGAAGCUUUGUCGCAAUCGUACCACCCGAAAAUGCAUCUUACGACCACCUCAGAAAACACCGCGAGUGGCAGGCGGUUCCGCUUUCUGCUGCUGGAUACUUCUGUGCUAUAUGAAGAUCAAACCAACUCCACCUCUUCUGGUUCGAUUAGUGCCGUCCAUAUCCCGCUCCCUAUUGCCGAAUGUAUAGAGCAGCCCGUUGGAAUUCUUGCCGAUGGCCGUCUCGUUUUCCUUGACAAGGCCCUAUGGGUGUGUACGGCGCAGUUAUGGUUACCAUCCGCUCGCGAGUCGGGAACUACAGUGACAAGACACUUUUUUAUCCCUCGCGACUGGCUGAACAGUGCGGGUCUAGUAUUAUGUAAGGUGCAGGCGGAUGGGACGUUUUUGUGCCCCAGCAAGGGUGAGAUGGCGGUGAUUACGAGCAACAUGGGGACGGACUGGUGA